ACACCAAGCAGGCACCCAAGGAGAAGAAUAAUCAAGAAUCCUCCAUUUUUCGUGUUAUGCAGCAAGCAGAUCAGGAGCUUGCAGCUUUGAACCAUGAAAAGAAAGUGAAGGCUUCCGCCAACAAUGUGCAAGACAGUGCCUUGCAUAGCGAGAUUGAUUCAAACCUUCGCUCGUUGAUGAAGCAAGCGAAGAAGACGGGUGUGGAUAUUUCUUCUGUUGAUCAAGACUUCAAGGCCGUGAGCUCAUCAGCAGCGACCAAAAGCUCGCAGAGUUCGUCCUCGUUCAGCAACAAUCAGCAUUUCACUUCCUUCCCCAAGGCGAGCCUUGCUUCAGUCCAGCAGGCGAAGGGAGACGCGACGCUGUUGGACGACGGAGCUCUCAUUAAGGACCCCAACGCGCCCGUUGCUCGCAUUGCCAUCCCCCUUGGCGCUCAUCAGGACGCGAAGGAGGACAGGAAGCUGGGGAGAACGUGGAAGAACUUGCGACGAGCUCCCAAGGCCACCAUCCAGGACAAGUCGACUGAGGCCUCAGCUGUGAGGGCCGAUGGGAGCCACAACACCAUGGAGAAGUUGAGGAUGCCACAGGGCAGGAUCACGAACUUCAACAAGCUGCCAGUCAGUGUGCACAUGCCUCACUUGCAAUGAGGAGUGAAGGCUGUUGGUAGCAAAGUAUUCAUUCAGCAACUAGAUUUGUUAAAGUAGCACUUGGG